GUUAGCAGAUGUGGUGUCGAGGAACUUGGCUCUCCAUCACAACUUCCGCAUCAAACAUGUUUUUAACGCUCAACAUGUCCUGCUGAGCACAACACUGAAGUAAAUGGCAUUUGCAUUGGUUUGCAUGUUUUAACAUCAACCUGACAGAAAAAUCUGACUGAGACACAGAAGCAGACUGCAGAGAAAGGAAGGGAAUGGAAGGGGAACUGGACAUGGAUGAUGUUUCUCCAUCCCAUCAUCAGCGGGGCUUGUGGAAAUCCUUCCACGGCAAAGCCAAACUCACUGGUAGCCCCAAACUGGGCAAAAAGGACAGAAAGCAAGAAAGUAGGUUUUGGAUAUUUAAAAAGAAACGACCGAAUGGUUUGGACCGAGCGAUGUCUUCGUCACAACCCAAUCUGCCCAGCGCAGAGACAGCUCUGGAUAACGGUGACAGCGAGAGGACGCGCUGCGGCAUGCGGGAGCAGAGUGUCGGUGAGGCGGCAACAGCUGCAGCGUCGCUCGGUGCGGAGAUCCAGAUGUUGAAAAGAAGCGUCAGCUCCAAACCGUCACUCUCCCAAUUGGUGCAGUCUCAACAAAAACCUGCUCCGCCAAUGUCCACAUGCAUUGAUGAUGUUGUGAUGAAUGGUAAUGAAGAAGAGGUCAAAAAAAGUGUGGGCGUUAAUGCAGCUGGUAACGGUGGCAUACAGACUUUAAUGCCUAUCUCAGCAAUGUACCAGUUGGACAUUGUGCUGAAAAGAGGAAACAACCUUGCCAUUCGAGACAGAGGUGGAACAAGUGACCCAUAUGUGAAGUUCAAAAUAGCUGGUAAAGAAGUUUUCCGCAGUAAAAUCAUACACAAGAACCUUAACCCGGUUUGGGACGAGCGUGUUUGCCUGAUAGUGGACAAUUUACAGGAGCCUCUAUAUAUUAAGGUGUUUGACUAUGAUUUUGGCCUUCAAGAUGAUUUCAUGGGCUCAGCUUACCUCUAUCUUGAGUCUCUGGAGCACUUGAGACCUCUUGAUGUUCGGUUGGACCUUCAAGAUCCUCACUGCCCUGAUCAGGACCUGGGCUCUCUGGAGCUGGCAGUCACUCUGUUCCCAAGAAGCACAGAGGACAGAGAGGCCCUCAGACAGGCGCAACAGCAGCUGCAGCAGCAGUAUCUCCGACUGUCGGACCUGCACGGAAAGUCUCAGCUGUGGAAGGGCAUUGUGAGCAUCAGACUAAUAGAGGGUCGCAACCUCAUCCCUAUGGACCAGAACGGCUUCAGUGACCCUUACGUCAAGUUCAAACUAGGCUCUCAGAAGUACAAGAGUAAGACAAUUCCCAAGACCCUGAACCCUCAGUGGAUGGAGCAGUUUGACUUGAAUCUGUUUGACGAGGAGGGAGGUGUUCUGGACAUCUCAGUUUGGGACAAAGACAUUGGAAUGAGAGAUGACUUCAUCGGCCAAUGUCAGCUGGACCUGUCAAAGUUGAGCCGAGAGAAGACGCAUAAGCUGGAACUUGACCUGGAGGAGGAUAAAGGGACGCUGGUGCUGCUGGUGACCCUCACCGCCACAGUCGCCAUCUCAAUCUCUGACCUGUCCGUCAACCUACUAGACGACCCACACGAACGCCAGCAGGUCCUGAAGAGAUUUUGUUCUCUGAGGUCUUUCUUUAAGCUGAAGGAUGUAGGAAUCGUGCAGGUAAAGAUCCUGCGGGCCGAGGGGCUGAUGGCUGCUGAUGUCACAGGAAAGAGCGACCCGUUCUGCAUUGCAGAGUUGUGUAAUGACCGUCUGCAGACACACACGGUCUACAAGACGCUGAACCCCGAGUGGAAUAAAGUCUUCACCUUCAAUGUAAAAGACAUUCACUCGGUGCUGGAGAUCACGGUGUACGACGAGGACAGAGAUCGCAGUGCAGAUUUCCUGGGUAAAGUGGCCAUCCCGUUAUUAAACAUCCGCAACAGCGAACAGAAGGCCUACGUCUUAAAAAACAAGGAGCUGACAGGGCCAACAAAGGGGGUCAUCUUCCUCGAAGCAGACGUCAUCUUCAACGCCGUGAAAGCCAGUUUGCGGACGUUCGUUCCACCAGAACAGAAGUACAUCGAAGAAGAGGCCAAAGUCUCUAAACAGCUGCUGCAGCAGAAUUUUAACCGAGUGAAGCGCUGCAUCCUCUUCCUCAUUAAUGUGGGCUCCUACAUCAACAGCUGUUUUCAAUGGGAGUCGCCCCGCAGGAGUUUAUGUGCUUUCUUGAUCUUUGUGGUGGUGGUUUGGAAUUUCGAGAUCUACAUGGUCCCGUUGUCCUUGCUUCUGUUGCUGACCUGGAAUUACUUCCGGCUGACCUCCGGGACGGAGCCGCGCGAGGGAAGUGUGCAAGCGAUGGAGGACCUUCUUGAGGAUGUGGAUGAAGAAUACGACAAAGAUGACAAGGACUCAGAAAAAAAGGGCUUCUUGGACAAAUUCUACGCGGUUCAAGAUGUGAUCAUAACAGUUCAGAACGCUCUGGAUCAAGUGGCCUGCUUUGGGGAACGAGUGAAGAACACGUUUAACUGGUCUGUACCUUUUCUGAGCUGGUUAGCCAUAACAGUGCUAUGUGCCGUUGCCACGCUAAUAUACUUCAUCCCACUACGGUACAUUGUGCUGGUCUGGGGUAUCAAUAAAUUCACCAAAAAACUGCGGGACCCCUACAGCAUUGCUAACAACGAGCUGUUGGACUUCCUGUCUAGAGUUCCAUCAGACAUUCAGAUGGUUCACUACAAAGAGCUCAAACCGGAGAACACUCAGAGUCCCAGCAGGAAAAGGAGGAGCAACCCCAGAUAGAUGCUUUACAUUUCUAUUCAACAGCCUCCAAAGAACUGCUACACUGUGCAAAAACUUUAAAAAGGAGAUUGUUUUAAAAAGAAAGAAAUAUUUAUACCGUUUCUAUCAUUGUUUAAAGGAGUAG